AUGUCGCUGUUAGAGUCCUUCCGCAACAUCUCGCCCCGCGCCCGCAUAGGCGUUAGCUUGGGCUUGUUGGCUUGGGGCGCCAUCGGUCUGCACCUGAGUGAUCGGGCCGAGGCGCGGUAUGGCUUCACGCCUACCGAGGACGACAAGGCCGCGCUCGCCAAGAUCUUGCCGAGUGUCACCGUCGUCGAGAGGAAGAACGAAAGGGGGGACUAG